AUGAACAAAUUGAAGUACGACUGCGAUGUGGAGAAAUACGCUGUGAAACACGCUGCUAAAUGUGUCUUCCAGCACUCAAAUACUAAAGAUCUUGGAGAAAACGUCUACAUGCGCGGCUCGGCGUACGACCCAGUAAAAGCUGCCGAAGAUGCUUCAAGAUCAUGGUUUGGGGAGCUUGCACAACACGGAGUUGGCAAAGACCUCACCUUCAGCAUGAAACUCUUCAACAAUAAAGUUGGACACUACACACAGAUGGUCUGGCAGUCUACAAAAGUCAUUGGUUGCGCCGUUCAAACCUGCCCCAGAAUGACCUUAGCAGUCUGCAAUUAUAAAAAAGCAGGAAAUAUGCUUAAUGCCAAAAUCUACGAAACAGGUGCACCAUGUUCGAAAUGCCCGGGAGGAUGCUCUGAAGGUCUAUGCGUCGUUUAA